AUGGUAUCCGGUCGACGGACAUUCAGUAUCUUGUGUAGACAAUUGUUUAUAAAUACUUGUACGUUUUCGAUUAUCGUUGUACUAGUUCUCCACGUUUCAAUUCCGUACAGUAGAACUGUCCUGACAUUCAUACUGAUGAUUCUGACUUUGAUAUUGGUUGAAAGACAUUUA